GCAUCGAAAAUACGGACGCCAUGGUGGUGCGCGAGACGCUGCUGAGCAACGGUAUGGCGCCCACCGGGGGCCGGGAUUGGCUGAUCCAAUGGUCGGGCCCUGGAUUGCGGGAUGCCGCCUAUCAGGAGAUGAACGAGUUCCAGCGGGUGAACCACUUCCCGGGCUCCACGGAGCUCACCCGGAAGGAUCGGCUGUGGCUGAACUUCAGCGACAUGGCGGAGACCUUCGGUUCGGAAGCCUUCAACUUCAUGCCGCAGACCUUCGUGUUGCCGGAGCAGGUCCAGGAAUUCCUGGAGGUGUACAACCAGAAAGGAGGCCUUUGGAUCGUGAAGCCCCACGCUUCCUCGCGCGGCCGUGGCAUCUUUGUGCUGAAAGACGUCUCCGAGCUGCCCUUGAAUGAGGUGUCAGUGGUCUCGCAGUAUGUGGCCGAUCCCCUGUUGAUCCAAGGCUUGAAGUUUGACUUGAGGGUCUACGUCUUGGUCACCAGCUAUGAGCCCUUGCGGGCCUAUGUCUACCGAGAAGGCUUGGUGCGCUUUGCAUGUCGGCCCUAUAGCACCGACGCCAAGCACAUCUCAGAUGCCUACCGGCACUUAACCAAUUACUCCAUCAACAAGGGCUCGGCCAGCUUUGUGGAGAACUCGGAUGUGCAGAACGACAAUAUGGGACACAAGUGGAGCAUCAGUGCGCUCAACCGACACCUGCGAUGCACCGGUGUAGACGUGAAGUUGAUGUGGACACGCAUCAUGGACGUCUUGGUGAAGUCCUUGCUGGCCGUCGAGCCGACGAUCUCCGCUCGGACCAGGGUCACAGCCAAUCAUAGCCACAACUGCUUUGAACUCUAUGGCUUUGACAUCUUGGUGGACAAGGAUCUGAAGCCAUGGCUGUUGGAAGUGAACUUGAGCCCAUCCAUGCAGGCAGACUCGCCACUGGAUUGGCAGAUCAAAAGCUCCUUGUUGGCGGACUCCUUCAACCUGGUGGGCAUCAACCGGGUGAGCAAGCAACGGUUGGCAGAAGCCACACGUGCAAAGGCCAAAGUGCUGAAAGUUCCGGGAAAACCUCCGGGGCCACCAGAGCGGCGGAAGAGGCCCGCGAUCAGCGGCAAGUCGACCUUGCUCCGGACCUCGGCGGAGAGUGUCAUGGCUGAGGAGGUCUUCACAUCCGUACCCUUGGGCGCUUUGGAACUCGAAGAAUUGCGGAGCACCGCCAACGCCUUGCUCGAGUGCACGCGGAACCAGAACUUCAUCCGUCUCUUCCCGACCUCGCGCGCGGUGAAGCACUACGGCACCUUAGUGGACUCGCUCGAGGCCAUGAAGCCCUGGCCGCGGGGAAGGAAGCCGGCACAAAGGAUGACGGCCUCACAGGUUCUUUCCUCGCUCCUCUUCGGCCCUCCGCCCACCCACAACAACGUCUUCACCGAGCGCCCGCGAUCGCGGGCCCUGCUCUACCGGACGGCGCGCAGCGAGCGCGGCGUGGCACGCGGACUUCGGCGAGGGGAGCGAGGACUCCACGAGGAUCCCAGUGGUCCAGGGGAGGAGGAGGCGGAAGAAGCCGCGCUGCCACGGGUUCGCGCCACGGUAUUGCCUCGCGCGCGAAGCCUCACGGUGCUGCGCGCCCAGAGGACGUCGCCCCAUGUGCCACGGGUGGAUCUGCGUCGGGGCGCUGGGGCAAGCAGCGCUGCGCUCAGAGUGGACCCGGCGAUGGAAGUGUUGGUGGAGAAUGGAUGCCGGCUGGCCAUUGUGGAAUAUUUGCUGAGAGUUCGUUGCCACUGCGCCCGCCUGAGCACGGCAGACCGACAAAAAGCCACGUGGCCGGAGGUCACUGCCAGGCUCUUGGCCUUCUGCAGCAGCCUCCACGGUGAGGGAGGGCCGGUGGAUGAGGUCGUCGACCGGCUGGAAGACACCUGCCAUGCAGAGCUUUGUCGCAUGGUGAAGGGGCGCGGAGCAAACCUUGAUGACCGAAGGGUGGAGGACACCAGGCUCGCCAAGCUGAUGCCCUCCAUGAUGUCCACCAGCGCAGGGCGUCAGGCAGUUGAGCAGCUCAACUUGAUGACGGCCGCUGAGUUGGAGCGUUUUCUGCUGAGCUCGAUGUGCGACGUGCGCUUCCGGGCGCCCUUGGAGAAUUACCUGCUGGCAGGUCGCAGCUCCAAGUCAACGGGACUUCGUUCGGCCACACGCCCCGGACGAACCACGACGCUGGUGGCUGGGCCUUUGUCCGAGCUGUUGUGCUUGCCUUUGACGGUGGGCCGCUGCGAGACACCCACGUCCCCGGAGAAGACGACCUCCCGGCGCCGCGUCGUCGUCAUGCAGCGCACGCCCGCGGAGGCGCUCAUGACGGCCGCGACUGAGGCAGCUGGCCCCGCAGGAGGCCCCGUCGGCCUCUCCGACGGCGCGAGCGCUGCUCCGCCCGACGCCGCGGUGUCGCCGGCGUCGUCGCCGGCGUCGCCCAAGAGUGUGGUGGAGCCUGCGGAGUCCACAGAGGUGAAGGUCAAAAGCCGCCCCACCAGCAGCCGCCGCCCCAGCCGCCCGCCCUCACGUGCUGGCGGCUCCCGGCCGCCUUCACGCAGUGGGCGGCCUCCCAGUCGGCCUCAGUCGGCGGCCAAAGCCAAGAGCCUGGAAGCUACAGAGGAUUCCUUAGCCUCCUUCGUGAACUUCAUGGACAGCGUUGAAAGCCACAAGCACCAGGACUCGCGCGUGGUGGAGCCCGUCUCUCCGAGCAAGGCAUGGAGAGUGGAACACAAGCCAAAAACGUGUUCUCUCGGCGCACUGCUCCCAAGAGGGGAGGAGUCGCCCAAAAAGAUGAAAUCCAUGAAAUGGCUCCCCGGCAGCGGCCCCUGUGACAUCGAAUUGUAGGCGUUCUGUGGCAGUGUGGUGCGUGUGAGUGUGGUGCUGAAGUAGGGG